GGGCCACCUCCUCUGCCCCCGCCUUUGGGUCCUGUCCCGGCCUGCAGCCUGGGAGAUGGGUCUUGCACCUGCUUGGGGCGGGUGGAGGUGUGCGAGGCCUUUGUGCCCAGCCACGGUGGCGGGGGGCAGGGGCUGGGGGGGCUCCCUUCGUCCCCUCGGAGGAGCUGGGGCGAGUCGCCGGGCCGGGGCCGGCUGGAGCGUGCGGUGUAAACCUUGGGUGGGAAGAUAGGCAGAGAGAGGCACCGCUGCUCUGCCUCCCGGGGUUACGGCGUGCAAAGGGGAUUUUCUUGUUUUGAGGGCUCCGGGCCUUAUCUUGACCUUUGCGCUAAUACUGUCCCUAUUGUUCUGAAUGGCACGGGAUGCUCUUUGGGUUUGUUCCCUACUAGCUAGAGCCCGGAAUUCCACGCGUGCCUCGUCUUCGCUUUGGCGCGAGUGCUGGCCUGAGUUUUUUGACCACCGUUUCCCUUCUAGAAAACUCGCCUUGGUAGAGCUAUACACAUUCCGAUGCUUAACAGCCCUGUGGGCCUGACAGCGUGGCCACCACGGCUUCUUGGCACAAACCACGUCUUUUGGUGCACAGGCGUACGAAAAUGGAUCCGUGUCGUCGCACGUGUUCGCGUGGAGAGGAAGCGGCUGCCAGCGUCUACCCUAACAGGAGUUGCUUCGGAAAGGCAUCUCGCCUGCUAGUGAAACUCUACUGUCGGAAAGACGAGAAACAGGCAAGAGAAAGUUGUCUUAUUUAUGAGAGAGGAGGUGCAGAUCGCCAGGCAGAGACAAACGAAGGCAGGCUAACCGCUGAGCCUCAAAGGUGGCCAAAGGGAUACGGAAACGAUGGCCAAGGGACCCGUCCGGACAACUAUGGCUACCUGGACGGAGGAGUGGUUCUUACUCACACAUCCCUCGUUUAUGGUACGGGGAUUAAAAAAAAACCCCAACCAAAACCCAGCAUAAAAAAACCCCGUAACCCCCACUUCGAGCGGUUUUCAGUGCAUCCAAUCAACUCGUCUUGGCCCAGACCGAGCAGGGGGCAGCACGGGCAUGUCACGCUGCAAACUGAGGAACAGGACUUUGGGAGGCAAUCCCACGGAAAAAGGGAAGUGCGCUUAUGGGACACCUUUCCUACGCUCGCCCGCAAUGGCAAGGUAGAAGUCUUUGAAAGCUUUGAUCUCUCGGGAGCCUUCCCAGGCUGCCGUCCAGUCCUCGUGGGCUUUGAAGAAAGCAGGGAGAGGCAGCCGCGCGUCCGAGGUGGCCGUUCCCCAGUCGUCACCGUUGUAGGCCGCCAGAGGCCGGCCAAAGAGAUUCCGACAAGCUGUCGGGAAGGAAACCCAGCAGCGACUGCGCUGUGGAAAGGUGCGUGUGAAGUCCGCUGGAGUAAGUGAGGUCUGUGCGUUCCGGGGUUACUGCGGCAGCUGUGAUGCGAUGAAGGAAGAGCAGAAAACUCGCCUUGGUAGAGCUAUACACAUUCCGAUGCUUAACAGCCCUGUGGGCCUGACAGCGUGGCCACCACGGCUUCUUGGCACAAACCACGUCUUUUGGUGCACAGGCGUACGAAAAUGGAUCCGUGUCGUCGCACGUGUUCGCGUGGAGAGGAAGCGGCUGCCAGCGUCUACCCUAACAGGAGUUGCUUCGGAAAGGCAUCUCGCCUGCUAGUGAAACUCUACUGUCGGAAAGACGAGAAACAGGCAAGAGAAAGUUGUCUUAUUUAUGAGAGAGGAGGUGCAGAUCGCCAGGCAGAGACAAACGAAGGCAGGCUAACCGCUGAGCCUCAAAGGUGGCCAAAGGGAUACGGAAACGAUGGCCAAGGGACCCGUCCGGACAACUAUGGCUACCUGGACGGAGGAGUGGUUCUUACUCACACAUGUAUGUUCUUCUGACACACGGUUACCUUUCGAUGUUAACGUCAGAACUCUCUGAUUUUCUGACAGCCCUCGUUUAUGGUACGGGGAUUAAAAAAAAACCCCAACCAAAACCCAGCAUAAAAAAACCCCGUAACCCCCACUUCGAGCGGUUUUCAGUGCAUCCAAUCAACUCGUCUUGGCCCAGACCGAGCAGGGGGCAGCACGGGCAUGUCACGCUGCAAACUGAGGAACAGGACUUUGGGAGGCAAUCCCACGGAAAAAGGGAAGUGCGCUUAUGGGACACCUU